AAGCUCCCAUCUCCACAUCCCCAAUCAAAAUUAUCAAACACCUUCAACUAAACCCAGAAAAAUUAGGAAAAACAAAACUAAUAAAUAAAAAAAUCCCUAUAUUUUAACGUUUCUGCAUUUGCUCUCUUUAGAAUUAGAGGUCACUACAAUAAUAUAACCUGUAGGAUUCACUUCAACCAUGGCCUUAACUUCUUCCUCAACCUUAUCAAUCUCCUCUUCAUCAAGCCUUGUUGACGCCAAGGCUCUUCGCCAAUUAGCUGCUGCAUCACCACAAUGUGUGACUCUCCCCAUCCUUCCUCUUCCUCCUGCUCAGUCUCAGAACCGCCCCUGGAAGACCACUGCUUAUUGUCGUAAGAUAGCCCGGAAUGUUAUGGCUAUGGCUACAGGAGAGGCUAUUGCUACACGAGAAGCUCCAGCUGAGGUUGCUACAACUGAGCUGCCAGAGAUUGUCAAGACAAUUCAGGAAGCUUGGGAUAAGGUUGAAGACAAGUAUGCCGUGUCUUCACUGGCAGUGGCAGCUGUAGUUGCCGUUUGGGGCUCCACUGGGAUGAUCUCGGCAAUUGACAAGCUUCCUUUGAUUCCUGGGUUGCUUGAGAUUGUUGGCAUUGGUUACAGUGGAUGGUUUGCAUACAAGAACCUUAUUUUCAAACCUGAGAGGGAAGCUUUGGUAGCGAAAAUAAAAGCCACAUACAGCGAAAUAAUUGGGAGCAGCUGAAAAGGGAAUCAAUCCUGUGCUGCAGUGAGGUGAAGUCAUUAAGUUCUGAAGCAAACAUUUUGCAGGAUUGCGCACAAGGAAUUAAACAUGCUUCAUUUGGUUUGCAUAGUUUUCUAACCAGAGUGAAUCCAUGUAAUAAUGAAUGUUUCUCUUUAUGACACAUCAAUUAAAUAUUUAGUUUCUCCACAUUUUAACGUUA